AUGGCGUCCACAGAAAAUGCACCGCUCAACCCAGGCAUAUCCAACUCCGAAAAGGACCCACUCCUCUAUGACCUGGUAGUCGACUCUGACGGCUUUGUCGAUUUCACUGAGCACAGCAAUGUGAAACCCAGGAAUUGGCUAGCAAGGAGAAAAGCCUAUAACCUCGGCUUUCUACUCGAUUUUAUCACGACUGCAAUUAGUGCUGCCGGAACUCCAGCCGCCGAAUUUGCGAAGGAAGAGCUUCAUAUCAGCCACACCCAAUCACUCUUUGGUUUUACCUCGAUAUAUCUUAUAGGCCAGGGUCUUGGCGGGCUCGUCUUUUCACCUUUUUCCGAAGCUUUCGGCCGCAGAUGGCUCUACAUCAUCUCAUCUUUCGCGUACAGCGGCUCUUGCGUUCUUGUUGGCGUAGCUCCGAAUGCUACGGCUGCCAUUGUCGGCCGCUUCCUUUCUGGUGUUCUUUCCAGCAUCCCAAAAGUCAUUGUCUCUGGAAGUAUCGAAGAUCUCUAUGACUCAGAAGCUAGGAUAUGGAUAUUUUUUAUCUGGAAUGUCACUGUGAACUGCAGUUUGAUAUUUGGUCCUAUAUAUGCUGCAUAUGUGGCAAUGGUACUUGGCUGGAGAUGGAUUUUUCACAUCGCGGCAAUAAUACUUGCAAUUGUCUCAGUAAUGCUGUUCAGUAUUCGCGAAAGCCGGCAAGGCCUUUUGCUCAGCAAACAAGUGGCUCAGCUACAGAAGUUGAACCCACAUCAACAUUACCAGGUCUCAAAAGCUGCUAGACAACCUUCCUUCCAAGAGUUCGUCCAGGUCGCCUUGGUUCGACCAUGGAUAUUACUCUUCACCGAGCCAAUUGUAUCUUUGACGGCCACCCUGAAAGCGAUCCCAAUCGUUUAUGACGACUUCGGGCUAAGCAUGCGCCAAUCAAUGCUCAUUCUCCUCUUUAUUGCACUUGGACUGAUAUCAAGUGUCCUAACUCGCUUUUAUGAUCGCUUGGUCGCGCGACGACGCCGACGUGCCAGCCUGCCACUCAAGCCCGAGGACAAGCUCAUUGGUUUCAUCAUUGCUGCGCCACUUCUAGCCAUCAGCCUCUGGUGGUUUGCUUGGUCUAUCCCGCCCAAGAUGAAGAGCGUCCCGUGGAUUGUAUCUGCCAUAUCUCUCGUUCCACUUGGGUACGCAACCAACGAGUUCGACACAGUGCUGGGAGGAUACCUGGCAGACAGUUACCCGAAUUAUGCAGCAUCUGCUUUCACAAGUCUUUCACUUUUGAGAGCAUUUUUGAGCGCGGCUUUUCCACUUUUCACGGAUCAGUUGUUCGUUGGUUUAGGAAACAAUCUGGCUGGAUCGGUUCUAGCCAGCGUAGCCACUCUAUUUUUUGUGGUCCCUAUUAUCUUCGUCAAAUAUGGCGAAAGAUUGCGGAUGAAAAGCCAAUUCAAUAUGCCUGAUAGCACAAGAACGAUGCCCAGAAAUGCAGGAACUCAUUAG